UCUUCGGCACUCAGCCUUCUUUAUGAUCCAACUCUCAUGUCCGUACAUGACUGCUGGGAAAACCAUAGCUCAGAGAUAAUUGACUUGAUUGAAUACAGAGUUCUUUGGCAAAAAAUAAAAGCGUGGCACGAAGUACUAGCACAAAAGCAAACGGCUUUUCCUCCGAUGAGUCACUUAUUUACUCAACGGAUGUGUGCCUAUAGAGGUGGAGCGGCUGGGCUGGGAGCUGGGGCUUCCAGUUCAGAGGAACCCGGACCUGCCCUUGGGGAGCUCACAGGCAGCGCGGCGGAGGGUCCUGCCAGGAUGCCUGCCCUGCGGGUGUCCAGUGCUGCGAUGGGUGCGUGUCCCGCAUCUCCGGGGCCACGUGGCUGAGAUUGCCCGGGAUUGUCAGGGUCUGAGGGUGCAGAGAAGAGGGACGUUUGGACUGAGUCUGGGAAAAUGAGCAUGUGGCAUGUGAGAAGUCAGUGGUGGGGGGACCAGUCAGGCGGAGGGAGGAGCGGCUCAUACGAGUUGCGGAGCUGGAAGCAUAAGGGUGUGUGGAAGCAGAGGCAGGGGUCAGGGCCGCAGGGCCGGCCAUGGAGGGCGUGGGCUGCUGCAGGCUCCUGAGAAGGGGGAUGCCACCAUCAGGACUGGGGUUAGGCAUUUGACCCUGGCGUCCACGUAGAGAACAGAUGUGGCUGGGGGGAAGCUGGGGAUGGGCAUCCAUCGGAGGUCAGCCUGGAGAGAGGCAGACACCCCUUCAGUGGGCCCUCAGGACAUGGAUGGGGCGGGUGUUGGGAAGAUCUGACUCCUGGGUUCCGGCUGGGGCUCCGGGCUGGAGGGGUGCCGCCCACCAAGCCCAGGAGGCAGACGGGUGCUCUCUCCCAGCAAGACCCCAGCCCCAGCAUCCUCCGGGGCCGGACUCCCGCCCCCCUUCCAGAAUGGCUCCCCUUCAUGUCCUCGCCCAUCUUUCCGGCGCCCUGAACCCUUAGAGUCUGGACACCAGCGUCUCCGUUGCACGGGUUUCUGGGAAGUCUCUGGCUUGUCUCUGGCUCACCCAGGACCGUCUUCGAGGGCAAGAAUCCGAGAGCAGCUGUGUGUGUCCCAGACAGAUCCAGCCACUGGGAUGACUGGCCCCUCCGUGGAGAUCCCCCCGGCCGCCAAGCUGGGUGAGGCUUUCGUGUUUGCGGGCGGGCUGGACAUGCAGACAGACCUGUUCGCAGAGGAGGACCUGGGGGCCCCUUUUCUUCAGGGGAGGGCUCUGGAGCAGAUGGCCGUCAUCUACAAGGAGAUCCCUCUCAGGGAGCAAGGCGGGGAGCAGGACGAUUACCGGGGGGACUUCGAUCUGUGCUCCAGCCCCGUUCCGCCUCAGAGCGUCCCCUCGGGAGACAGGGCCCAGGACGACGAGCCGUUCGGCCCAACCUUCCUCCAGAAAUCAGACCUGACUACGUACCGGAUCACCGGCAGCGCGGAAGCCGCCGAUCCGCCCGCUGGGGAGGCGGUGGGCAGGGGGGACUCGGGCCCGGAGGGGCCGCCCGGGACCGCGCAGCCGGCUAAGCCCUACGCGUGUCGGGAGUGCGGCAAGGCCUUCAGCCAGAGCUCACACCUGCUCCGGCACCUGGUGAUUCACACCGGGGAGAAGCCGUACGAGUGCGGCGCGUGCGGCAAGGCCUUCAGCCAGAGCUCGCACCUGCUCCGGCACCAGGCCAUCCACACCGGCGAGAAGCCGUACGAGUGCGGCGCGUGCGGCAAGGCCUUCCGCCAGAGCUCGGGCCUGAGCCAGCACCGCAAGACCCACUCGCUGCAGAGGCCGCACGCCUGCGAGGCCUGCGGCAAGGCCUUCAGCCGCAGCUCCAGCCUCCGCAAGCACGAGCGCACCCAUGCCGGGGAGAAGCCCUACGCGUGCCAGGAGUGCGGCAAGGCCUUCCGCCAGAGCUCGGGCCUGAGCCAGCACCGCAAGACCCACUCGCUGCAGAGGCCGCACGCCUGCGAGGACUGCGGCAAGGCCUUCAGCCACCGCUCGCACCUGCUGCGGCACCAGCGCGUCCACACGGGCAAGAAGCCGUACGCCUGCGAGGACUGCGGCAAGGCCUUCAGCCAGAGCUCCAACCUCAUUGAGCACCGCAAGACGCACACGGGCGAGAAGCCCUACCGCUGCCACAGGUGCGGCAAGGCCUUCAGCCAGAGCUCGUCGCUCGUCGAGCACCAGCGCAUCCACACGGGCGAGAAGCCCUACGAGUGCGGCCAGUGCGGCAAGGCCUUCUGCCACAGCUCGGCGCUCAUCCAGCACCAGCGCAUCCACACGGGCCGCAAGCCCUGCGGGUGCAACGAGUGCGGCAAGGCCUUCCGCCACCGCGCGGCGCUCAUCGAGCACUACAAGACGCACACGCGCGAGCGGCCCUACGAGUGCGGCCGCUGCGGCAAGGCCUUCCGCGGCAGCUCGCACCUCCUCCGCCACCAGAAGGUCCACGCGGCCGACCAGCUCUAGGGGCCCGCCCGGGCCGAGGGCACGCCGGCCCUGGUGCCCCUGGCCCAGUGGGUGGACUUGGGGGCCAGCCGGAAGGCCGGAUCCCGGCGCCGGGGCGGAGCUGGCUCUCGGCUGGCCGUCUCGUCCUCUGCUGUGACCCGGGGGUGGGGGGUUGGUUUUGCCCUUCCUUCGCUUUUUCUAAAAUGCAGAUGAAUACACGUCAGAGGGAGAAAGUGGGGUUAAGCCCCCGGAGACGUCCGGUGAGCUCUAACCUCAGGCACUUGCAGAAGUGAAGCGGGCGCAGCCCAAACAGCCCAGGGAAGACGAGUCCGAAGCCGAGGGCUGCCUUGGCCACUGCAGGGCCGCUCGGCGGCAGGGCGGAGAGGGUGCCGGAGGGCUCGUCCUGGGCUUGGGGUGGUGGACGAGGCCCCAGCGCCUCUCAGCCCUUGGCUGGGGUUGGCUGAGGGCGGGCCUGGCUGUGGGCCCUCCAGCGGAGGUGGAGGCGCCCCUGGGCUCAGCCAGGCACAGGACCCUGCCACCAGGAGCAGCCCUCCGCCAGACCCGGGGUCCGGGCUGGGGCGUCAGCGGGGCCUCUGUUCUGCGGGCUGGGCAGCCUGCUCUCUGUCCUCUGGAGAUGAAGGGGUUCCGGUUUGAAGGGCUGGGUUCAGGGUCCAGCUCUGGCUCCUCCUGCCUUGGUGUCCUGGAGGAGGCCCCAAGGUUCCGUUUCCCUCUCCGGGAGGUGGGGAUGUUGGGAAUGCCACAUUCCCCUGGGGGUGGGUGUGUGCAAGGCUCCCAUGCAGACUAGGACGCGGCAUUCUCGAGCUUUGGCAGCUGGCAACUGAGGACGGAGACCCAGGGUGACCCCCGGCCCCCCUGCUCCUUUCCUCGCCCCCCGGCAGGAGACACAGGCCUGACUGGUUCCCAAGAUGGCAGGGCCCCUCCUCCUCUAGCUUGUGCCCUGGGUGUGGUGCCUGGGGCUAUAGCACCCAGCACAGAGACCCUUUCCGGUUUCCCAGGCCAGUUUAGCUGGGCAUCCCCAGGGCGGGGCUCUGAGGGUGCCGUGUUUCCAGAGCUCCCCCUCCUCCCACCUGUAGCAGGCGGGGGGCCAGCUCCCAGGUAGCCCCCUGGCAUCGCCCAGGUGCAGGCCUGCCCUCUCUGACCCAGCGGGGCUUGAAGGUGGCCUUCCCAGUUCAGUCCCCUGGCCCCGGCCCAGGAAUGGGCUUGGGCAGGGCUGCAUCUGGCUGCCCCAGAAGCGUCUGUCUGCAGCCUGCGGCGGUUUCUGGUACUGGCCCUCGCAGGCCCCCUUAGCACCACUUGGGGAGGAGGUGGGCUGAGCUGUUUUUGAAGUUUUGCACGUCUGCGGCUGCAGUCCCAGGAGCCCAUCAGGGUCACGCUGGUUAUUUCAGCGGAUAGGGCUCAGCUCAGCAGCUAGGAUGGUCCUGAAUAUAAAUGGGAAAGCCAGAGCUGUUCCUCCAUCAGCGGGCUUGGCAGCCGGGGAUGUUGAAAGGACAGGUCUGCUGGUCUGGGGAGACCAGCUCUGUGCAGCCCCUCUGCUGUUCGUGGGCACUAAACCAGCCCCUGUGUGUGCCCGUCUGGGUGGCAGCCCGCCUGGAGGACCGCCCGCCACUUGGGAGAGUCAAGAGAAUGCCGACACCCCUGCUCGGUGCAGGGGGACGGGGCCCCCCAAGAUCUACCUCCUUGCCCCGCCCCCGGCACCCCAUUCGGCCUCAGCCUUGGCCAGGACUGUCCUUACUGGGCAGGGCAGUCAUCCACUUCCAACCUUUGCCGUCUCCUCCUGCGAGCCGUGCUCCCAGCCAAAUUGUUUUAUUUUUUUCCAAGGAUCACUUUGCACACGUCACCACUCUCCUUAAAACCACCCUUCCGGGGUCUCCUGCACGUAAACCCCCCGUUUCAGCCAACCUGGGUUACCCCCAACCCCAGCAAGCCUCCUGAACCCCCGCCAUUCCCUCCCAUCGGCCUCAACUAUUUCCUGCUCGCCUCACGUUUCUAAACGUGCACUCUUUCUCCCCCACCCCUGUUUCCUUCCUUUUCUGAUGAUUUAUGUAACACGGGGGGUUAGACUCCUUUCCUGAAGGGUUGACAGGCUCGCACAAAACUGUGGUCAGACCAGGCAAGCACUUUUUUUCAGAAGUGUGAGCAGAACCCCGUUCUUCAGUUCACGUUCUUUCCCUGUUUCCUUACGUGUUUUUAAAUUCUUUUACUGAGGCUCUCAGACAGCGCGAUGCUAUAAGAGGCCAUCUUGGCAGUAUCUGAAUCGUCCUUGAGUUUCGUUGUUGGAUUUUAUUUCAUUGUCUUAUGUUUUUUCCUUCUUUUAGCGGACGUUGUUGACUGUUGGAAAGCUCCAGGUUUUGGUUCUGUUUACUAAUCGAAUUGUUUUGUCAAAGUACAUGUAUUCUGCUCUUUUCUUUAUCUUUUUUGUUACUUAAUAUUAAUGCUUUACAUUUCUAAGAUUAAUUAUUUAGGUAAUUAAUAAUUUUUAAUAUUUCUAGUAAACGUGGGUGCUUUGAUCUAUGUUUUCUUGUAGUUAGAGCCUUUUCUGCUCUAUAAUGUUACAUGUUUGUUUUUUUGCUCUUGGGAAUUUCCCUUUGACCCCAUUAUUAUUAUUUUAAUUAGUAUUUUUAAUACUAAUUAAAAAUUAGUAUUUUAAAAUUAAUCCUAAUCCUAAUCCCAGUGAUGACUGCUUAAGACAUUGCUGUUACUUCUUGUUGUAUGUGGUGGUGUCAGUAUUUCUAAGCGUCCAUAGAAAUUCUCUGAGCCUGAACAUAUUGUCAGUUUUCAUACAGCACUUGUGUACCCUCAGGAAAUGUGUUUUUACUCUGUUAGUUCAGGUCGUUGCAUCAAUCUUUAUGUUAUUUUGCUCCAGUCCGCACUUGCUCUAACUUGUCUUUCCUGCAGGGUCUGAGGACGCCUGGCAGCCUGUGAGCGUGCCGGGGUUCGGGGGCUGUGGGCCCGGGGACCGAGCAAAGCCGAGUGGGUAUGUGCAGGGAUGGGCUAUUCUGGGAGGAAGCCUGUAGCCCCUGAAGCGCCUUGUGACCCCACAGUGGUUAAGAGCGCUCAUUUCCUGGUCCAAUCGAAGUCUGGCUUUGUGCGUUUCUUCACGUAUUUCUGCUUUGCCUUAGUUUCUCUUCUGUGCGUGCUGCUUACGCUCUGUUAGUCAUGCCGCUGCCUUGAUGGACAGGGUGCACACGAUCAAGUAAUUACCGUAUUUGGAGCAGAUGUCUGUUCAGCAGAGAUGAACUGAAAACCGGUGCCUUUGCACGCCCUCUUUGCCUCUUAAUGCUUCUAGCUUCAACUUCUCUUUUCCAAACAUCAUAACGGAAACCCCUUGCUUUUUUUUUUAAAUUUGCAUCUGCACGAGAGUUUAUUUAGCUUGGCAUUUUAUUUUUAAAAUUUGUGUAUAUAUUUUUGCUAUAUGUCUGUAACUUAUAAACAGCAAAUUAUUGGAGUUUGC